AUGAAGGUAGCUCGCGCGCCGUCGCCGGACACUGUCUGCGAGGGCGCCGGCUCGAACGAAAGGGAUAAGACUGCUGCCGAAAAAGGGUGCUCUAGGAAGAGAGGCCACGCAGCAAUAUCAGACAUCGUACACGAGGGCGACGGCUCGAACAAAAGGGGUGAGACGUCCACUGAAAAAGAGUGCUCAAGGAAGAGAGGCUGCGUGGCGUCACCAGACAUCGUCCAUGAGGACGCCGGCUCCAAUGAAAGGGAUGAGACAACCACCGAAAAAGGUUUAUCUAGGGUUAAAGAGCUGUGGCAGUGCUCAGAAUGGGUGAUGGAGCAGCAGCGUCAUGGAGCUCUCCUUCUCUGGUGUGGCCGCGCUCAGAACAGGGAAGAGAGCAGCGGCGGGCUGGCGAUGGCUGGCCUUCCUUACCUGUUUAGCGGUGGCACCAGCUCAGGUAUCCCAUGGGUAUCCCACAGGUAUUUGGACAUAUCUGAUGCGUACAAACGCCAUGCCAGUUUCCAGAAGUAUCCACGGUGCUCGAGGAAGAUAGGCCGCUUGACGUCGCCAGCCAUUGUCCACGAGGGUGGCGGCUCAAAUGAAAGGGAUGAGCCAACUGCCAAAAAAGUAAAUUCUGAGACUCAUUUGGAUAAGAAGACCAUCAAAGUCAUGACAUACAACGUAUGGUUUCGGGAGGAUUUGGAACUGACGAAAAGGAUGUAUGCUCUUGGAAAUCUUAUUCAGCACCACAACCCAGAUCUUAUAUGCUUCCAGGAGGUUACACCAAACAUAUAUAUGCUUCUCCAAAAAUCUGGCUGGUGGCAAGAAUACAAAUGCUCGCUGUCAGCUAGGAUGGCCAUGCAGAGACAAUAUUACUGCAUGCAGAUGAGCAAGUUGCCUGUGAAUUCUUUCGAAUGCAUCCCAUUUUCCAACUCAGUCAUGGAAAGGGAGCUGUGCGUGGCAGACAUCAACAUUGGAGGCGCUACCAAGUUGGUGUUGGCCACAAGCCACCUGGAGAGCCCCUGCGCGUGGAAUCAGAUGUACAGCAAGGAACGAGUAACUCAGGCGAAUGCAUCCAUGAGGAUAUUGGACAAGUUCUGCAACGUGAUAUUCUGCGGAGACAUGAACUGGGACGACAAAGGCGACGGGCCAUUCCCUCUCUCAGACGGCUGGGUCGAUGCCUGGGCCGAGCUCAAGCCAGGCGAGGACGGCUGGACGUACGACACGAGGGCCAACGGCAUGCUGGCAGGCAACCGCAAGCUGCAGAAGAGGCUGGACCGGUUCGUGUGCAAGCUGCCGGAUUUCGAGAUCGACACCAUCGAGAUGAUCGGGAAGGAGGCGAUACCUGGGAUAUCACACUACAAGGAGAAGACAGUCCGCAAGGUAGUCCAGAACAUUGAGUAUCCUGUGUUACCUAGUGACCACUUCGGGCUUGUUCUGAGCAUCACCCACGCUUCAUCAGGUUGA